AUGGACUAUUAUCGUUGCGUGGCUGAUCCAGAACUGGGUUUUCUGACUGGUAAAGAUGGCACGUACGGAAAAUACACCAUGCGUCUAACUGCCAGCCCAACACUCACAUCCCGUAUCAGUUCCACACCCCCAGCGACCGGUCCAGACGGGGCAGCGGACUACACGACCCGACUUUGGCAUCCGGAGCAUGAAAUGUAUCACACAUGUGUGCCUGAGCACUGUCGAAUCGCGGGCGGAGGUGGAGGAAGUAGCUGUAUUGUGAGUGGACCAGGGGGAAUCAGUGCUCCCCCAACGCAUACCACACUCAGACGCAGUCCUGGUGGACUGGAGCUGGCCACGGUAAGUGCGAAUCCCCAAAAACCAGGAUCUGGUUAG